AUGACUGCAUUUGACACAGUAAUAUUUGGCCUGACGUUAUACAGGGCCCUCCAAUCAGCUCAUAGAGCACGUCUCGUUACUGUCCUCGUUCGAGACGGUUUCUUCUAUUACAGUGUCAUGUUUGGCAUAUCUAUUUCUGCAGUCACUUUCGGCUUAAUUCUGCCCAUCGAGCGAAGUUCGCUGACUGCACUAUUCCAACCCGUCGUCAAAGCCAGCUUUUGUGUUGUUGGUAGCAGAAUAUCUCUCAACCUCCGAGAGGCGGCAAGAAAGACUGUAGAUGCUUGGCAGAACGAGAUCUUCAACGUAGAUGGUGUUUGA